AUGACGGAGCCUAAACCGACAUCAUCAAAUGCCGGAGAAGAUGUACUUCAGUUUCUCGAGACAUUAGAUACAUACUCUCAAACCGCGGAUGCUUCUAAUCCAACAACAGAAAGUCAAGUUACUGAUACCCAGUCAGUUCUUGAUUUUAUUGACCAGUUUUCAAAAAAUCAGAAUAAUAGUUCAAAGGGAGAUAGUCAAAGUAAUGUUUCAAUAAGUCAAGAAAAUUCGGUAGAACAGCCUAAAUCAUCAUCACAACCAUCAGAAAUAUCAGAUGGGAAUCAAGAAAUAAAGCAAAGUGGGACUUGGUCAUGGGGAGGUUUAAUAGCAUCGGCUUCUACAGCUUACAAGACUGCAAGUACUGUCGUUGAUACCUCUGUUAAAGGAGCAUUAGCUACAGUUGAAACAGUACGUACAAAUGAAGGAACUAAGAAAAUUGAAGAAAAAUUUCGUGGAAUACUAAAUAAGGAAGCAAUUGGAAAAAUAGGAUAUGACCUAAGAACUUUAGGUUUAAAUACCCUUACAACUGUUGUUAAUGCUGUAGUUCCCCCAAUUUCACAAUAUGAAAUAGUAGAAGUAUGGUUAACACAUGAUAUGGUAGGUUAUGUGGGAAUAGAAUCCCUUGUAUAUAGGUCGUUUAUGAAAGUAAUGGAACAAGUUGAGGGUGGAGAUAUAAAAGUGCGAAAAGCAAAUGAAUCAAUAAAGAGCGAUUCAGAAGAUGACUCAUGUCGAGAUUUAAAUAUUUGUGAAGGUUUUAUUGAAGCUGUAGGAAUUGCAAAGGCUAAUAUUGAACAAAGUAUCAAGAAACAUUAUAAACCACCUCCCUCAAUAAGCGAAAAGAUGGAUCAACGAGAGUUGUUAAGAGAUAUACCAACCACAACUUGUCCCGUUUUCAUGGCAAUUCAACCCACAAAAGCAAACCCUUACUCUUUACCAACAAAUAAUGAGAUCACAAUGGACUCCGAAAAUUAUCUAUAUUACGUUAUUGUUCUUACUGAUCCAACUCAUAAUCUAAACUUUAAGACUAUUUCCCAAGCAUUGCCUGCAAGUUGGAUAGAUAUUCCAUAUGAAGAAAAUGAAUGGGUGGAAGCAAAAAUGGUUUCUACGAUAAAAUUAGCUGUUCAAAUAAUAGCUCAAGAAUAUGUUUGGCAUCUGAGUGAAAUAACACCAGUAAAUCAUAAUACUCGCGUAUUUCGUUUAAAAUUUCCAAGUGCGUUAAAAGAACCAAUACCAAUUGCGUCUUGUAUCCACGUUAAAGAUGAUUCUACACAAAUAAUGAGGGAAUAUACACCAAUUAGUCCUAUCAAUGAAUUAAAUUUUCUUGAUUUAUUAAUAAAACGAUAUGAUAAUGGACAUAUGUCUAGAUUAAUUCAUAAUUUAAAAAUUGGGGAUAAAUUUGAAGCCAGAGGACCCAUUGUUACUUUACCGUAUGCACCUAAUAUGAAGAAACACAUUGGAAUGAUUUGUGGUGGAACCGGAAUAACUCCAAUGUAUCAGUUAAUCAAUUAUAUACUUCAAAAUCCAGAUGAUAGAACAAAAAUAUAUUUAAUUUACGCGAAUAUAACAAAAGAAGAUAUACUCCUUUAUAAUGACUUUAAAGAAUUAUCAAAAAAUCAUCCAAAGCAAUUAAAAAUUUACUAUACACUUGAUAAACCACCAAAAGAUGAGUUUUGGACGCAAGGUGUUGGUUAUGUAAGUGAGGAAAUGGUAAAAGAGAAUAUUCCUGCUCCAAAUGAGGAUGUUCUCGUAUUAGUUUGUGGACCCAGCGGGAUGAUGCGUAAAGUUAGUGGUGAAAAGGCAUCUAAUAUGUCUCAAGGACUUGUUGGUGGCAUAUUAAAAAAACUCGGAUAUACUCAAGAACAAGUCUUUAAAUUUUAA